GUAGGUGUCUGGACCAAGCUGUUAGCAGGGAAAAUCACUAAUUGCAAUCGUCGGGGAGUUAAUUCUUCUGACAUUUCGUGCCAAACCAGUGAGACCAGGAGUGGAAGUAGCACGUAGUAGCAUACUUCACGUGACUGGUGGCUUCUCCAAGAAGUGUUGGAGUACUCCCUGCUCGGAUCUCUUCACUACCUAGCUAGAAACUGCGCUUCCAGUAGGACAGGCAACCGCGGCGCCAGUGUGCUUCUGUUACCAUACCGAUACCGGUAUUAAAUCUGCAACAUAGCUUCAUCGGAAACUACCGACAUUUCAGGAGCGAGAUGAACCCGUCCAACCUGAGUAGAUAACAGGAUCAACUUGACCCCUGGAAGUUGAUGGACUGACAGAAACGGUCAAUCAGAAGAAAGACUAUUUAGCUAGCUACACGUGGAAGCGUAGCUAGCUACCAAGAAAAUAAAAAGUGAUAAUAGCCCGUGCUCUUAAGCUCCAAAAUGAGUGCCAAAUCAGCCAUCAACAAGGAGAUUUUUGCACCGCAUGAUGAGAAGAUGCUGGCUGCUGUGCAGGUCAAGAGGAGAACAAAGAAAAAGAUCCCCUUUCUGGCUACUGGAGGACAGGGAGACUACAUGACCUACAUCUGCCUGUCAGUGACAAACAAGAAGCCCUCGCAGGUCUCUAUUACCAAGGUCAAGCAGUUCGAAGGCUCAUCAUCUUUCGUCAAGAGAUCACAGUGGACCAUCGAACAGCUGCGGCAGGUGAACGGCAUCGACCCUAAUCGAGAUUGCCCAGAGUUUGAUCUGGUGUUUGACAACGCCUUUGACCAGUGGGUGGCAAGUUCAUCUGGAGAGAAGUGCACCUUUGUCCAGAUCCUUCACCACACCUGCCAGCGGUACAGUGCAGAGCGGAAGCCUGAAUUUGUCAACUGUCAGUCCAAGCUACUUGGUGGGAACAGCAUAUUGCACUCGGCGGCGGACAGUGUGACCAGUGCUGUGCAGAAGGCCAGCCAGGCCCUGAAUGAGCGCGGCGAGCGGCUGGGGCGGGCGGAGGAGAAGACCGGGGACAUGAUGAACAGCGCCCAGCAGUUUGCGGACACAGCCCACAAGCUUGCGAUGAAGCACAAGAGUUAAACCAUUGCCAAAUCUCUGGGGGAUCUGCCAAGGGCGUGGGCCACACAGACCUGAGAUGUGAUUCAGAUUUUAUUCUUUUUAAAAGAAUUGUUAUAUUGUUAUUAAUAAUGUUUUUUUUUUUUUGCGUCCUCUGACGUUCAGUGUUUCUUAAAAGUGAAGGUUUGAAGGUGAACCGAAGGAGGAAGUGAUAACCGAGCUGACUGUGACUGUGUCACCCACCCUCUGUCCUCCGCCCCUGUCCCCCCUCAGAGCUCUGUCGCCCAGCUGGCGACACAGAGACUUUACCCCAAUGACUGCCCCGCUCUUCAGAGGAACAGGGCGUUCACAGUCCCCUGUCUGUGACAGCUCUGGCACCUCUGAAAGAGAAGGCCCGACCUGAAGGAUGGGAACUGUGUGUGUCACAUGAUGUCGAGUGGCCAAUCACACCGACGCUUCACAUUCUGCUCAGUAACAAUACAUCACAGCACCUUUUUAUGCCAGUAGUCACUCACUCUAACGUCUGAGUCAUCGUUCUGGUUUGAAAAUGUGGCUCUCUCUCUUUGUGCCAUCGACAGACAGUGCAUGUGAAAGUCAGUCAUUCCUUUUCAGUAUUUCUAGUAGUUUAAAAUGAAAAGUAAAAGCUGAAACACUUUUUGGAAAUCUUGACAAAUUUGUGGAUGGAUUUACAGAAGGGAGGGGUGAGAGCUGGAGAGACUGAUAUAGUUCUUUUAUGAGUAAGAACUGCACUCUUUAAUUUAUUUAUAAAUCUUUAUAUUAACAUUUCCGUAGAUCUUAUGGCAAAGGACCCUUCCAACUAAAUAUCCAACUGGCUACUACAGGAACAAAAGGCACACUUUUGAUUUGAUCACAAAUGAAUCUAAAACGCAAGAAGAAUAAACACAUUUCACAUCAGCUUCACAUUUCCACAGUUCUGUGCCAUUUUCAGCCUUGACAUGCUUUUCAUUGGGUUUUGUACUAGCACUUGCUGUAUGAGUAAAGCAGAAUUUGAAUGAUUACAGAAUCGAAUAGUAAUGCCUC